CAGAAAAUUUAAAGAGAUGGGGGAUAAUAAUUAUUUGCAAGACUACAAUACAACAGGCAAUGUUUCUGAACAUUUUGUUCAACAAUUUACUCAUCAACCCCAUCCAAAUCCCUCUUCUCAUCAAUUCGGUCAAACUUUUACCCCUAUUAGUGGAGGAAUUCCUCAACAACCUUUUGCGCCUUCCCUCCCUUCUCUACGUCCCGAUUCUCCGUUAGGUGGAACUGAUCGUUUGGUUGUUGGGGGACAAACUAUUCAAACACAAAUAGCUUCUCCACUUGAUCUCUUCAUUGAUUUUACUCGGCCAGAUGGUCAAAGGACACGGCCACUGCUAGUUGAAGGGAAACGACUUUAUGUUGAUGAACAUUAUGUUUCGGUUUGGUCACCAGUUCUACGCUCUUGGUGCGUUGAAUGCCCCGAUAGAGAAUUAAUUUUAGCUAACGUUCAAUAUGAUCACGUACUUGAAGUCCUUUCUGCAAUACACCCGACCUACAAAGAAGUGGACGAUCAAACAGUCCAUUUGCUUCUGCCAAUUGCUUUUGAUUACCAAAUGGACGGCCUUUUGCACCGUUGUGAAUGUUUUUUGAUAGCCAACAAAAUGCCGUUCCUCGAAAAACUUUGGCUUGCUGACCGUUACCAACUCAGUCGACUUUUGGCACUUCUCCUUAAAGAGCUUCGUCCAAAUACCCACAAACUUGAUUUAAGCGGGCCUAGAUAUUCUAGCCUUUCGGACCGUGUAAAGGUUUUGCUUCUUGAGAGAAUGCAUGGAUCACCAGCACCAGAAGAACUCCCCGAACCUCCUAUUGAUAUGGAGCACAUGUUAAGUCCAAGUGAUUUGAAUUUUGCUUCUGUCCGUGCAAAGACUGGAAGGGCUUAUCACGUUAAUCCAUAUUAUGUUGCAGCUUGGUCUACACUUUUCCAAGAGAGAUUUUGUAAUGGAAUAGGUGUUGGUGGGGAUGAUGAUUUAAUAUAUUGCCCAUGUUCGAAUGAAGAACUUAAAUAUUUUUUAAUGGCUAUAUAUCCUCCACAAUUAAGAAUAACUGAAUCAAACAUUGCCCCAAUAUUGAUGGCUGCCUGUAAAUUAGAAUCUCAUGGAUUACUGCGGAAAUGUGCAACAAUUUUGCUUAGUUCACAAACACAGUUAAGCGUUUUUGUGAGACUUUCUCUGCUCGAUCGCUGUCGAUUACAAGAAUUGCUUGAACAGUGUAUGCAAAUGGUCCAAAGAGCCGAGGAUAUUAUGGAAAUGACUCAACAACAGACGUACGAAUGUCUUUCAACACGUGCAAAAAGUGCAAUGAUGGAUCGUUUUGCACAGCUUGUAAAUAUUCAGGGCAUUCAACAAUUUCCCUUACAAUCAACAAUACACAUUUGCACAAAAUGCAAAUCUCAGUUCAGUUGUUCGGAAAUAGCUUGGCAAUGUAGCCAAUGCAAAACCUUCAUUUCCUCAACUUUACUCGCAGAAUUAAGCGGGGCUGGAAGACAGAAUCGUCAAGGUUCCCAGUCAGGAAUGAAUCCUUCCCCCCAACCACUAAAUACAUCUCCAUCUCACACACAACAGUAUGGACGUAAUAUCGUUUCAUCAAGACGAUAG